CUGGCUGGCCGGCGAAGACCUUCCCCGGCGGGGGUAUGGCACCGGCGAGGCUCCAGCUCUGGUUCCUUGGCGCCUUCUGGGUCUGGCUGAGCUUCCUGAUGGGCGGAGGAUUGGCUGGGGGUGCCCAGAGGCCCAUCCGUGAAGGCUUAAAUGUCCUCUUCGUGGUGGCGGAUGACUUGCGCCCUGCCUUGGGGUCUUACGGGGACCCCCUGGUGAGAUCACCCAACAUUGAUCAGCUGGCUUCCAGAAGCGUGGUGUUCCAGAAUGCUUUUGCCCAGAAAUUUCUCAAAUUGUACCCGUUGGAAAAUGUCACCUUGGCUCCUGAUCCAGCAGUUCCUAAAAAACUUCCUUCCGUCGCCUACAAUCCCUGGACAGACCUAAGGCGGAGGGAGGACGUGGCUGCCUUCAAUCUCAGUUUCCCUUAUGGGCCCAUUCCAGAACACUUCCAGCGGAAGAUUCGCCAGAGUUAUUUUGCCUCCGUCUCCUACGUUGAUACCCUGGUGGGAAAGUUGCUGAAUGCCCUGGAUGAGGCAGAGCUAUCUCACAACACCGUGGUUGUUUUCACCGCGGACCACGGGUGGUCAUUGGGUGAGCACGGCGAGUGGGCGAAAUACAGCAACUUUGACGUAGCCACGCGAGUGCCACUGAUGUUCUACGUGCCAGGAGUGACAACUCCAAUCUCUUAUCCAGGACAGAAAUUUUUCCCAUUCAUUGACCCCUUUGCUCAAGAUUCCUGCUCUGGGCUUCCAGGAAAACCCAAAGAAAUGGUUGAGUUGGUGUCUCUCUUCCCAACGCUUGCAGAACUGGCUGGACUGGCCGUUCCUCCUGCGUGUCCUCAGCCCUCCUUCCACGUCCCUCUUUGCAGUGAAGGGAAGAGCUUGGUGCAGUACUUCCCAUCCUCCAGCGGGGAGAAGGAGAACCAUGGCUCCAAACGAAAAGAAACCCCGGUUGCCUUCAGCCAGUACCCGCGUCCUGGAGACAUUCCUGCACCGAAUUCUGAUUUGCCGUUACUUCAAGAUAUACGAGUCAUGGGCUAUUCCAUCCGUACGGAUGAUUGCAGGUGUACAGUCUGGUUUGGGUUUAAUCCCAACAACUUCACGGUCGACGUGAAAGAUAUCCAUGGGGGAGAGCUGUAUUUUGAGAAAAGUGACCCCAACGAAGAUCAUAACCGGUACAACGAAAUCCUGCAUGGGUUCCCCCUUUCGAAGCGUUGUCCUCUACUCGAUUGUUUGAAAUUGGGGGUCAAUUCAGUGAACCUCUGCUAAGGAAUUGACCCCCCUGCGGCUCGUGUAUAUGUCCUGCUUUGUGUUAUACACAAAGACGCCUCCAAGGGUGACCGUUUUUGUAUCAAAAGGUUUUAAAUGCUGAUAUAAGAAUAAAUUUGAAUAUGUAUAUAUAUAUAUAUGUUCAUGAAAA